AGCACAACCAUGUACAACUUCUUAGAAGUAUGUCCUACCGCAAGUUGAGGGAUGCAGUUAUAGCCUUUUUGCAGCUUCUGUCUGCAGACUUUUGCUGGGGAUUCAAAUGUCCCAUCUGCCAAGAGAACUUCAAUGAGAUUGUUAUGGAUGGCACCUCUUUGGGGUAUCAGCAGCGGUAUGCCCUCAAAGAAAGGCUUGUUCCUGGCCAAACUGUAAUGAACAGUGGAAGAUAAUCACAGAACGAGAACUUUAUUCCUGAGCCAGACCUCCGUAAGCUGCUGCAGCGCUACAGUGCAGACGGGCUCCUCCCUGGAGAACACAGGGAAAUGAUGUUACAGAGUGCCAAAAGCGCCCCAUUCCUCCUGCCCCUUUUGCAGAAGCUGGCCCUGACUUCACCCACACACGCAAGUGAGCCCUACCGCCCUCUCUUAACACAAGUCAGCAAGAACUCCCCUGCCUGUGCUCUGCUACGUCCCAGUAAAGAACUCGGGGAGUUGAUGUCAGAGAUGGAGGGAUUGCAGUACUGCCAGAUCGAGCGGCAACCAGCACUUUUGGGGAAACUUGCCAAGGAAUGCCCUUUGUUUUUUAGCUUGGUUGGGAUGGAAGGGACUUUUUCUCAGGAGGUGGUACCCAUCUUUCAGUGCGUCUAUAAAAAGGCACUGGAAACAGUGUCCACACCUCCGGUCUCGACACCCCUAACUUCCCCAGAGGAUCCUGGGCAUUACUUCCCCAAUCUGCCUCCUGUGAGGGACAGAGGCACGUACACUACAGACAGGUGUAAAAAGGAGGCCAGUGACUGUAGGAAGACAGCAGGCAGACACCCUAACCUGAUCCCUGGCAUAUUCACCCUGUUCUGCACACAUGGUGUUUGUCUUGGGUUUUCAAUAAUGGAGCAAGUGGAGUCGGUGAACGUGCCGUUUACCAUACUCUGCACACGUUUUCGACAAUACCCCAAGAUAGUCAUAUAUGACAAUGCCUGUCAGCUGCAAACAUACUGCUUGCGGAGGGACCCAGGUUUUUUUAGAGAGACUUGGUUUCUUGUGGAUCGUUUGCACUGGCGCAACCACUCAGGGUGUAACAUUGGAUACAAUCUGGACAGCUAUCCUCAGUUCCAGAAAAUAAAUUCUCAGGUGGCAGAGCAGAAUAACUCGCUCCUGAAGAAGAUGAAAGGACAACUGUCCUACAUGAACAGGGAGAACUUCAUCAGGCAUCUGAUGCUCUUCUUGUGGCACAGAUCAUGCAAAGUCAUUACAAAACUUUGAGGUAUGUAAUGACUUGGAGCAAUACACCCAAGACCAUCAACCGAAGGAUAUUGGCAGCAAACUCACAACCACAGGAUGAAGGAUAUCGGCAGCCAACUCAACCACAAUAUCUCAAAAGUCAUUUUUCCA